AUGCCGCAAGCUAGAGAGACCUCCCACCCAAUUUUCAGCGCGCUCUUCAUUACUAUCACCUUCCUCUUCCUUGUUGCGGACACAGUUCUGUGCGCCUAUUCUGCAGCCUACGUUACCAACAUUCUUCGACCAUCCACCGACGCUCGAUUUCGAGAUGAUGCUGACCAGCCAGCGCAUAGCAAGGCUGUUGUCAUCUACUUCAUAUUCGAGGCGGUCCUAUGGGGAUUCUCGGUGCUUUACUUCGCCUUGCAAAGUUUCUGCGGCACACGCACUUCCGACACGAGUGACAGGCACGCUUUCAAGAUGAGAAACAUGGUUUCGACUUGCAUUGGUGUGUCGAUACAGCUUGCCUGGUCUAUUGUCGCACUGAAGAGCGUAAGCGACUGGUCGAGAAUGCUGGCCCAAAACGAUGGUGAACUUGCGAAGGCUUGCAAAUACCUCAUGGGUCUUAUCAGCGUCAACCUCGCGCUAGGUGCCCUGAUCCUCGUCUUUUGGGUCUUCAUGAUGGUACUUGCCAUAUAUGUUCACUGGAGCAUUUCCAAUCAAUCCAACAUGGACGCACGCCAGUUGGAACUUGACCACCUCCCUCCUCGCGACAACUCUAGGCGUACCUCAAGGCUCGAUGAAGGUACUAAAGCAUAA